AUUGUAGUCAAAACACAAGUAGAUAGUAUACUACUAUAUUUAUUUUAGUUUAAAUUGGUAAAUCUAGGAUUAAGCAAAACCAUUAAGCAUAUUAACAUUAAUCAACUUGUCACCGCGCCAACACCUGCACCUGCACCAGCAAGCAAACCCCUUCUCAACUUCCACGAACUUCUUUCCUUCCUUCAACCCAACUCUUUCUCUCUCUUCAGGUUCUCCAUUUCCCAAGCUCCAAGCUCAACCAAUCUCUCUAAUGGUGAAACUAUCAGUUAUUUUAUACAUUAUCAUCGGAAUUUCCCUUCUUCUUUUCCUCUCACGCUCUCCAAACAACCAUGAUUCCCGACACCAUGAAAACAGUUACAAAAAUCACUCUCACCGCCGUUUAAAACUCCGGUCGAAUUUCACUUUUACAUCACAAGAUCACCUCCAACACCCUGACCCGUCACUGGAGUUCCGACACCAUCACCAUGACCCGGUUGCUUUCGAUCCUGUUGUUGCGGAGAUCGAACGUCAUCGGGAAGAUAAAGAGUGGGAGCGCAUGUACUUUGAGGAGCACCAUCAUGAAAUCGCCGGCAUUGCUCGACAUCACGCUGAGGAAAUAAGAGCAAGAGAAAGUGAACAUUUUGAUCAUGGUCAUCAUGCUCAGGGGCAUGAGCAGCAGCCUGAGUGGGAAGAUUUUAUGGAUGCUGAAGACUAUUUGAAUGAUGAAGAGAGGUUUAAUAUCACUAAUAGAUUGUUGGAGUUGUUUCCUAAGAUUGAUGUGGACCCCAUUGAUGGUUAUGUUUCUGAAAAAGAGUUGACUGAUUGGAAUCUUAAACAAUCUGAGACUGAAGUUUUUCAUAGGACUCAAAGGGAAAUGGAACUUCAUGAUAAGAAUCAUGAUGGGUUUGUUUCUUUUUCUGAGUAUGAGCCUCCUAGCUGGGUUAAAUCUGCAGAUAAUAAUACUUUUGGAUAUGAAAUGGGUUGGUGGAGAGAGGAGCACUUCAAUGCCUCUGAUGUGGAUGGAGAUGGUCUUUUGAAUAUAACAGAGUUCAAGGACUUUUUGCAUCCUGCUGACACCAAGAACCCAAAGUUAAUUCAGUGGCUAUGCAAGGAGGAAGUACGGGAAAGGGACACAGAUAAAGAUGGCAAGAUCAACUUCAAUGAAUUUUUCCAUGGUCUUUUUGAUCUGGUGAGGAACUAUGAAGAAGAAGGACAUGGACACAAUACUACACAUCAUUCAGACGACCCAAAUGAAACUCCUGCUGCUAGAAAACUCUUUAAUGAGCUUGAUAAAGAUGGUGAUGGGUUAUUGACAGAUGUCGAGCUGUUACCUAUUAUUGAUAAGUUUCAUCCUUCUGAACGCUAUUAUGCCAAACAGCAGGCUGAUUACAUCAUAUCCCAGGCUGAUACAAAUAAGGAUGGACGUCUUUCUCUGGCAGAGAUGAUUGAGAAUCCAUAUGUUUUCUAUAGUUCUAUUUACAGCGAUGAUGACGAUGACGACUACCACGAUGAACUUCGCUAAUUAGAAGGAUGCAGGAGGAGAAAAAAUUGUCGUUGUCGUAUUUUCAAGUAACAGUUGACAUUUGUUGUAGAGUUGGUAUAAGUAUAACAAAGAACUAAACGUGAUCAGGAUUCCUGCGGUCCAAAUAUUUUGGCGCGCUUCGUUUAGUAUGUUGGUUUCGUGCAAGAUAUAUAAGAAUGUUAUGUCAGAUUAUAUAUACCUCUCAUCUUCAGUACUGAUGCUUCUCUAGGAAACUUAGAUGAUAUCAAGAAUUCAACAUUGAAGUGAUGACCUCAGUGUUUACACCUGUAGUUCUCAUUCUAAUUCUGUUUCUCAUGUAUUUUCAAGUUAAUAGACUACAAUUCAUAGCUGCACGAUACCAUAGACAAUGUUUGGUUUCAUUCUGUUCGUUUCUGGAAACGAGCCAUAUACUUACAUACAUGUAUCCUCAAAUUCAACUCUUGGUUUUGUUUUGAAUUGUAGAUUUCUGUUUAGUGUUUUGGCUACAGGUUAUGAUCACAAUUCAAAAAGAUUUCAAUGUUUAGGAAACUUCCCUGUUUUCUGUUUUUUUUAUAUAGCAUUUAUAUAUUUUUUCUAUAUAA